CACACGAGAAUUCAAACGAGCGAGCAGCGCAGGCAGCAGGCGAUCGCAUCCUCGCGCCGGCACGGCACAGCACAGCUAGCUCCUACACAAGACACCAUGUCGCCGGGAGCGCCCUCGCCGUCAUGAGGUGUCGCCUGUUGGACUGCUACUCUGCUUCGUCCUCCUCUCGCUCGCGGGGCCCCAGGCAACCGUGGCGCGGAAGUACGCGGCCAUCUUCCACUUCGGGGACUCCAUGGCGGAAGACGGCAAUCUCUGCCUGGACGGCACCCUGGAUUACCUCGGCACGGCGCGCCUGCCGUACGGCACGACCGACGGCCGCGUCGUCAUCGACUUCAUCGCGCUGGAGCCGGGGCUGCCGCUUCUGCCGCCGUCCAAGGCGCGCAACGCGACGUUCCACCGCGGCGCCAACUUCGCCAUCACGGGCGCCACGUCGCUGGACACGCCCUUCUUCCAGGGGCGCGGGCUGGGGCACACGGUCUGGGACUCGGGCUCCCUGCACACCCAGAUCAAGUGGUUCCAGGACAUGAAGCCCUCCAUCUGCAACUCCCCGCAAGGUUCGUUCGUUGGUUUCAGUUCUCAACCAUUCUUCGAUCCUGCAUAUAUAUAGUGUAUAUAUAUAUAUAUAUAU